AUGAAGCUGACCAGUGUAAAUAUUGAGAAAUUACUUUCCUCAUUUGGUGACAAAAAUUCUUCAUGCCGACAAGAUAAGACUCCUUUACCAGCUAAUCGAACCAGCGAUUCUAAUAUGCAUACGGGACAAGAAUUUUUUUGUUCACCACAUCACGGUCUUUGUUAUGUCCACUUCUUUCGAAAUGCUACACAUUGGGAAGCUGAAGAAUUGUGUCGGUCAAUCGGUGGUAAUAUAGCUAAGAUGCAUUCUGAUGAAGAAAGUUUAUUUCUUACUGCAAAGAUUAAAGCAAAUUUCCACUUACCUGGAGUAAAAACAAUUCGUGGGGAUGAUUAUAUUUUUCCAAGGAAUAUGCCAACUUAUGCACGUUGGGUAUGUCGAAGAGAAAAUAUCCCUGGCGAAUGUAUUGGAAGUGUUACAAGAAGAGCGCUGUGGAAACCGAUUGACUGUAAUACUCCACUCACUGUGUUAUGUGGAUUUGAUUAG